GCCGGGUAAGUUUAUACACGACUGGUAACACUAUUAGAGGGCUAAACUGACGCUACACGGCUUCAACUCCCGCUGGAGGUUGUUUCAUACUUUUUCGUUUGUGAUGGCACCACCAAAAAAGAAUACCCUACCCAAACCACUCCCAGAUGGUUUCAUACUGACAGAUGCUGAGAAGAAGAAAUGGAGGCUGGGGGAAAUCAUUGGUCAAGGCGGUUUUGGACUGAUUUACCUUGCCUCCCAGGACAUAGACAGACCCGUUGCAAGGCACACAGAGUUUGUCAUAAAAGUGGAGUACCAGGAGAAUGGCCCCUUGUUUUCAGAGCUCAAGUUCUACCAGAGAGCAGCCAAACCAGCGAGCAUGGGAAGAUGGAAGAGGAGCAAGAAACUGGAUUUCCUGGGCAUCCCGACGUACUGGGGAUCUGGUCUUGCUGAGCAUGCCGGUCUGAGGUAUCGCUUCAUGGCCAUAGACCGACUGGGCAGCGACCUUCAGAAAGUCUGCGAGCACAACAGAGGCCGCCUGAAAAAGGCCACUGUGCUCCAGCUCGGUCAAAGGCUGGUGGACGUCCUGGAGUAUAUUCAUGAAAAUGAGUAUGUCCACGCAGACAUCAAAGCUGCCAACCUCAUGCUGGGUUACAAAGACCCUCAACAAGUCUACCUUGCAGACUAUGGACUCUCAUACAGAUACAUUCCUGAUGGAGUCCACAAAGAAUAUAAAGAAAAUCCUAAGAAGGGCCACAAUGGGACCAUUGAGUACACCAGCCUUGAUGCCCACAAAGGAGUUGCACCGUCGAGACGUAGUGACCUCCAGAUCCUAGGUUUUUGUCUUCUUCACUGGUUAUGUGGGUCUCUGCCCUGGGACAAGGUUCUCAAACAUCCCACUCAGGUCCAGGAGGCCAAGGCAAGACUGAUGGGUAGUCUGCCAGACUCGGUCCAGCAGCUGUCAGUGAGUGGCGCCAGCACAGACGAGGUGGCUGCAUUUCUCCUUUAUGUGGAAACCCUGGGCUACCAAGAUAAGCCUGACUACCAAUAUCUCAAGAAGCUGAUUGGCACUGGUGUUGGUGGAAAGCUCGACCUCUCUGUGCCCGAAGGACCUGCAGGGUUGGGCACCAAGGAGCCUCGCGGCAGGGGAAAGGUGAGAACGAAAGAAGCAGCAACCAGAGGUCCCUGCGAAGAGGAGACUGUGUCUGCAGAGGUAUAUAAAGAAGAAUCUGAUGGGAUGAAGUCCAAACAAGUACCAGCUCGCUACAUACGAGGUCCACCGCUCACCAAACCUCAGUUACAACCGAAAGAAGAGGUUUUACCUGCUGUCAGACGCUCACUGAGGCCGAGAGCUGUACAUUCCUAUGAAGAAACGGACAGUGAGGAGGAGGAUAAAGAGGAAGAUGAUGUCAGAGGCAAACCUGUUCCUGCAUGCUAUCGGAGAGGACCUCCAUUAAAUCCUGGCGUUCAGCCCAAACAGAGAGCUAAAUCCAAAAGGACCAUAAGGGAAUCAGACGAUCUGACCUCUGAGAGACGGGACUGUGGACUCACACACAUGUGGACAGAAGGUGGCAGUAAGAAGCCAACACACACCGAGUACAAGGAAAGAUGGGAUGGAAGUCUGCUCCAUCACAGAGCCGGUUACGGCCGUCAUAAGCCGGCGUGGAGCAGCCGGGUCUGUUGCGUACAUGGAGACUGCUCAGAUCCAAGACCAGAAGCUGCUCCCACACAGGGAAACACAUGGAUGUCCCGGCUGGUUUGUUUGGGCGUCCUCAUCUUACUGACUGCUGUUUUAAAGUAUGCCUGUUUGCUUUCAAAUAGAAACGGUAGGCUGUAGAUGAUGUAGAAACAGGCAUCUCCUCAGGACUUCUGCGCUGCCAUUUUUACUGUGAUAGGCUGAAACAGAAGACGAAGAACAAAACAUCUGUUCACUUAAAUAUAAUAGAAACAAGCACUGGAUUAAAAAAAUAAAUCCAUUUCAGAAUCAAUACGCUGAUGCAUUCAGAGCUUUAGUUACCUUGCUGCAGUAUGGACACUCUCCAAAAACAAUGCUGAAGCUCUGCCUGCUGGAGGGGAGGGCUCGCAGCCACUGAACGAGAGAAAGAGAAAACUUGAUCACACCUUGGAUGUGAUUCAUAAUGGCUUUUAUGUACCCGUCUCCCUGCACUUCUGUGGGCUUAAUGGAACUUCGAGCUCCACUUUUCAUGAAGGUUUCGAAGGUAUUUCAGUCUGAAUACAGAGAAUAUAAAUAAAGUGAUUCUGCUCAA